AUGCCAACUCAGCGCCAUAGAUGGGUACACUUCGUCACAAGAGCGCGAUGUAGAGAAGAAGGAAGAACGCAAAGCUCUGCGGAGGAAGUGUUGUCUUGCGGGAAUGGCACGUGCUGUCCCGCAACCAAAGUUUUUGAGCCGACUUGGCCGCACCUUCCUCUCUCCAACAUCAACCGAGCAAUAUGUGAACGACCGACCACGAUGGAGUCUCUCGAAGAUACUAACUGGGACGUGGUCAUCUCAGGCACCGGCCUGCCGCAGUCGCUGCUCGCGCUCUCGUUGUCUCGUUCGGACAAGAAGAUCCUGCACGUUGACCGAAACGACUACUACGGCGGUGAUGAAGCGGCUUUGAGCCUGUCUGAAGCCGAGGAAUGGACGCAAAAGCAUGCCGCCGAGGAGGGAGAUGCGAAGACGAGCUUCAGUCAUGCCACAGUGAGCAAGCCGACGGAGGAUGAAGUGUCUACAACCACAAAACUGGGCCCUGCUCGGGCGUAUUCACUCGCGCUCGCUCCUCAACUGCUGUACACGAGAUCAGCGUUACUGCCCGCGAUGGUCUCUUCCCGGACACACAGUCAGCUCGAAUUCCAAGCAGUAGGAUCAUGGUUCAUCCUCGAUGAAGCUCCACAGGACGCCGACACUCCAACACGAUUGAUCAGAGUUCCUGGAGGUCGGGAAGACGUGUUCCAGGACAAGUCUUUGGACCUCAAAGCCAAGCGCUCGCUCAUGAAGUUUCUGCGUUUCGUGGUCAACUACGACGAGCAACUGGAAACCUGGCAGGACGAUCGGACGAAGGAAUUCUCGACCUUCCUGCAGGACAAAUUCGGGUUGCCGUCAUCUUCACAUGCGCCGAUCUUGGCUCUAACAUUGAGCGAUCGGCCUACGCAGGAGAUCAGUGUCGAAUACGCUCUGCCCCGAGUUGCGCGCCAUCUCAGCAGCAUAGGGAUGCUCGGACCUGGAUUCGGUGCAGUCCUUCCAAAGUGGGGAGGUCUCGCGGAGAUCGCUCAGGUCGCCUGCCGUGCAUGUGCUGUGGGAGGUGGUGUCUACGUUUUGGGCCGUGGCAUCAUAGAUGUGCAGUCCGACGACGACUUCAACCUCCGCGUGGAGCUCAGCGAUGGGCAGAAAGUGACUACAAAGUGGCUCGCCGGCCUGCAGCAGGAUCUUCCAGGCACCGCACCGAACACAGCGGAAACCACUUCGUUGAUGAAAACUUCGAACACCAUUUCUGUGGUAUCAUCGUCACUCAAUUCCUUGUUCCCUCGCACGUCCGAAGGUGGUGUCACACCAGCAGGUGCCGUGGUGAUGGUGAAGCCAGCUGGUGAGACAGAGUCGACGAUACACAUCUUCGUACACUCGAGCGAGUCAGGCGAAUGCCCUCCAGGACAAUGUGUCUUAUAUGCAUCGUGCGCUGAGAAUGCUUCAAGAGGAUUUGCUCAUCUCGAGCAGGCUGUGGUACAAUUCUUGCAAAGCGUUGAGGAGCCAACGACACCACAAGUCCUCUGGAAAAUGCAAUAUCAACGCACAGUUCCAGCAUCUUCAACCACUACGAUGCAGCGUACUGGUUCUGUAAUCACGCUGCAACACCUGUCGCACGACCUUGCUAUGGAAGAUGCAGUCCUCGAAGGAGUCAAGCCAGCGUGGGAACAGAUUACAGGGUCAAUUGGAGAUGGCUACCUGACAUUCGAGGCGAGAGAGGGUCAAGAAGGAGAGGAGUCGUAG